GCGCCCUUUACACUCGCGCGGCGCAGGUUGCACAUGAUGCGCAUGCACAUGUACAUGUAGCCAUCCCGGGUGGCUUCUCCCGUGCGAGGAGAGCGAUGUCGCGACCGGGCUUCGCGCGGCUCUCCUCCAUCGAGACUCUCGAUCCGGACCGCCUCUCCGAUCGCCACUCCCGGCAGAGUGACACCUCGAGCGGUGCGGAGCAGCUGCGCCGCACACGCUCGCGCUGGCGACGCGUGCGGCUCCUCACUGUGCUGCUUUCCCGCGACUCUCGGCUGAGCCACGUGGUCGUGGGCGAGCGCUACCGCUCCACCGCCCGUCGUUUGCGGCUGAUCCACGCCGCCAAGACCGGCGCCGCGACUCUGCUCGCCGCCUCUGUUUCGCUGAUCGACCCUUUCGAGCGGGCGACCAACGGGACCGGCGUCUGGUGCGUCAUCACGACUCUCAUCGUAAUGCAGUCGCAGACGCUCGGAGGCACCACGCACAAGACAGUCAACCGCGUCAUUGGCACCGUCGCCGCCGCUAUAGCGGCGCUCGCCGCCGGCUUUGUGGCGAAUGUGCUGGAGACCGCGCACCGCAGCCUGGCGGCGGUCUUUGUGGGCGGCUGCGUCUUUGCGGCGACGGGUGCCGCAACUUUCCUGGCGGGCAGCAAAUCGUGGGCGCUGUGGUCCUACGCCUUCUUCCUCACGGCGCUCACCUUUGACUUUCUGCUGCUCCUCGAGUACCGCGACGACUUCACGUCUGGCGUGUACCGCAUCGCGAUGAUCCUCGCCGGCGCCGUCAUCGCCGUCUGCGUCUCCGCAGCGCCGCCAAAGAUCCUCGCACCUGAUGACCUCCUUGAUCGUUCCACGCCUGCGACCACAACAGGCAUCCUCGCGGACAACCUCCUCGACGCCGCCGACGCCGCGCGCCGCGUGGUGGACGCCUUUUGCUCGGGCGCGCGGCUGCACCGCAUCUCCGAGAUCUACGACGACGACUACCCCGAGAUCGAGUGCGACCUGCACGCCUCGUACCAGCAGAUCAUCCACUCCCGGCCGGCGUACGAGGCGGCCGUCUCGGCCGCGUCGUGGGAGGAGUGGGAGCUCAGGCGCGGCGGCGACUGGGAGCCCUUUCGCGACGUCGGCAUCCACAUGCGCCGCUUCGUCUACUCGGUCGACUUGCCUGACGAGGAGGCGCUGUGGAUGGCCACUUUCGUCGCUUUUGUCCGCCAGUCGGCCGACGCGGCGCGGCGCGCCCUCCAGCUCCACCGCAGCACCGACGCGGCGAUGCGCGGGAUCGACGGCGGGGGAACGGCCGCCGGCAUCGCCGAAGCCGGAACGUCUAGUACUGCGGAGGAUGCUGUGGACGCGGUGUGAGACGCUUGUCGGCCUCCAGUUUUUCUCAGCGUUUGUGCUGCAUUUGCUCGUCUGAUAUUGACGACAGUUA